AUGGUGAGAACCGGUGGUGAUAAAGAACAAGAUGGCUACAAGUCGAGAUUGUUAGAUUUAGAGAACGUGAAGGAGAAGAACUCAUCUUCAAGGCAUUUCAAGAGAUGGAACUCAGAUUCCGCCAUGAGGAUUGAAGAUCCAGACAUUGAAGAUGGCACCGUUUUCAAGAAAACGGCAGCCUCAAGCGUACUGACGACGGUGUUACCGCUCCGACUGCCUCUGGCUAAGGAUGAGCCACCUCAGCCGCGUGAAGAAACUGACGGAAAAUUACAGCAAGAUUCAGAAAAGAAGCAGAUGCAAGAAAAGUUUGCGAAACUUCUUUUAGGAGAAGACAUGUCAGGAGGAAGCAAAGGUCUCUCGUCAGCUUUGGCAUUAUCAAACGCAAUCACAAAUCUUUCAGCUUCUGCGUUUGGAGACCUACGGCGUUUAGAGCCAAUAUCUGAGGAUAGAAAAGAGCUGUGGGGAAGAGAAAUGGGAUGGCUUCUCUCUGUUACUGAUCAUAUAGUUGAAUUCUCUCCAACACACCAAACUAACGAGAAUGGAUCUUCCAUGGAGGUAAUGACUACAAAACAGAGAACAGAUCUUGUCUCCAACAUUCCUACUCUUAAGAAACUCGAUGCAAUGCUCAUUGAUUGUCUUGAUAAAUUUAAAGAUCAAGAUGAGUUCUAUUAUCUCACAACCGAUUCCCCGGAAUCUGAAAACAGUCACUCGACCAGGAGUGACGAUAAAUGGUGGCUCCCGGUAGUGAAAGUUCCAACUAAAGGCUUAUCUGAAACGUCACAAAGGUUUCUACUGAGUCAGAAAGAAUGUGUGAGCCAAGUGCUUAAAUUCGCAAUGGCCAUAAACGCUGAAGCUCUAUUUGAAAUGGAGAUCCCUGAGAGCUACAUUGAAGCACUUCCUAAGAAUGGGAAAGCUAGUCUUGGAGACAUGAUCUACAAAAUGGUAACAUUAGACAUGUUUGAUGCAGAGCAGUUCCUUCUUGAAAUGGAUUUAUCAUCAGAGCACAAGAUUCUUGAUUUAAAGAACAAAUUCGAAGCUUCGGGUGUGAUAUGGAAGAGAAAGAUAGAGCAGAAAGAUAACAAGUCGUCGUCUCCAAUAUGGAGUACAAAUUUAAGUAUGGAGAAGAGACAACAGUUAGAAGAAAGAGCAGAAACCAUCUUGCAACUUAUCAAACAAGAAUUCCCAGGGACCUCUCAAUCCACACUUGACAUCAGCAAGAUUCAAUUCAACAAAGAUAUAGGGUUAGCUAUAUUGGAGAGUUACUCGAGAGUUCUUGAAAGCUUGGCGCACACGGUAAGGUCAAGAAUAGAAGAUGUUCUUGAAGCUGAUCAGCUAACGCAAGAACCUGAACCCGCGGUUUGUAAGAGAUAUAUAGUGAAGGAAACAGAGAGUCCAAUGAAGGAAGAAGAACAAAACUUUUGUCUUUUAGAGGAGAGACCGAAGAAGCAUAAGGCUACGAUCUCACUGUCUCAGGUAAUGCAAUGGAAUAUCGAAACUAGUGAACCAAUGAAGAAAGAAAAGAGCGACGCACCGUUAAAAGAUUCAGGCAAGAAACUGUUGACCAGAGUGUCAAGCAUGAUCAUGGCUAACAACAAGAAGACAGCUUUUUAUCUUGAGUCUCUUGGAAACACAAGAAGUCCAAGGGCGGGGCGAUACUCUUGAAUGAAUAAAAAGAGUUCGUUUUGUAAAAUUAGGGGAAGAGAAAACAAUUCAAAUGUAAGAGAGAAACAGAAUAUACACAAAAUCAUUUUAAAAGGGUUUGCAGUAUUGAGAAAUGUUGUGAGUUUUUAGAAGAAGGAAGAGAA